AUGGACUUAUUCAACUCUGCUGCUGGAAAAAAUAUCACCUUUAUUCGUCCUGCUUAUUUUGUAUUGAGUGGAUUCAUUGGUUUAUCUUUUAUGAAGUAUUACUAUGUGUUUCUAUUUUUUGUCUACAUUGUUUCGGUGCUCGGAAACACGGCUGUUAUGGCUGUAAUAUAUCUGGAUCAUAACCUACGAACUCCAAAGUAUGUUGCUGUUUUCAACCUGGCCUUUGUGGAUCUGUUAGAGAGCACUGCUCUGGUGCCGAAAGUGCUUGAUGUUUUUUUAUUCAAUGAUUAUAAUGUUUCCUACAAUGACUGUAUGACUUUUUUUUUCUUUUGCUACACGUUUCUUUCGAUGCAGGCUCUGAAUCUGGUAAUUCUUGCUUAUGAUCGACUGGUGGCCAUCAUGUUUCCUCUGCACUAUCAAACAAAGGUUACUAAAGGAUCAAUGUUUUCGUUGAUUGUUUCUUUCUGGUUCCUUGCAAUAAUUUGUGUUUUAUUUGCAGUUGGUUUUCUCACCCGACUUUCUUUUUGUGAGUCUKUGGUUAUCAACAGCUUUUUUUGUGACCAUGGUCAAAUGUUCAAACUUGCAUGUAAUGAUAAUUAUCCCAGUUUUGUCAUUUCAUAUGUGAUGCCAUUUAUUUUAUUUUGGCUUCCUUUUGGAGUCAUCCUGUCCAGUUAUAUUUGUAUUGGCUGUGCUUUAACCAAAGUUGCUUCAAUUCAAGAGAGAGUAAAAGCCUUUAAAACGUGCACAGCUCAUCUGUCUUUAGUGGUAAUCUAUUUUAUUCCRAUAUUAAUCACAUUUACUAUGCAGGCAAAAAUACACCCAAAUGCCAGGAUCAUAAAUUUAUCUUCUGCCACAGUUCUUCCUCCUAUGUUGAACCCAAUCAUUUAUGUUUUACAGACUCAAGAAAUCAAAACAUCAAUUAAGAAACUAUUAAAAAGGAGAAGCAGAGGAGAACUGUCUGGAGAGAGCGUCGGAUUUGAAUUUUCUGGAACCAGGGAUGUACUGUAA